AUGUUGGCCGUAACGACUGCCGUUCUCUACUGCUCCGUAUGCAGCGGCCUCUUCGUUGGCCUUUUAUAUAUCUGGCCCUUACUAGGGCUCCACUCCGACGUCCUCAACCCCAAGACACGAGAUCGCACCGACGUCAUCCAAUUACGAUCCUUGUCCGUUGUAUCGGCCUCUCUCAUCAGCUAUUUCAUCGUUAGCUCCGUAACUGACCAUCGUAUACAAGUAUUAGACCUUCUUAUACAUCCUUCAACUGCUCUCAAAUCGGCUGCGGUCGGCCUUAUUUUGACGCUUACUUUGAUGGCGGGUCCCCUCAUGUAUGGUGGAAAUAGCUUAGGGAAUCUCAAUAAGUGGCAAGUGGCCCGAGCUCUCAUUAUUGCUCCAGUGACCGAGGAGUUCGUUUUCCGCGGUUGCUGCGAUGCUCUGUUGCAAGAGGCUUCCAUAUCGUUCCCGUGGCGCCUCGUCCUCUGUGGUCCCGUUUUCUUCACACUAGCACACGUCCAUCACUUCACUAAGGAGAUACUGGCGAAUCCUGUUCGAGGCAUCCUUCUAGCUUGUGUUACUGUGAGUUACACCGGCGUAUUCGGUGCAUUCUGCACAGCUCUAUUAGAGUCCACUGGAAGCUUGGCUGGGCCCAUUGCCUCUCAUAUAGUUUGUAAUUAUACCGGCCUCCCCGAUUUUGACUUCAAGUCAAAUAAUGUUCGGAAGGUCGCGGUCCACUGCACGGGAGUGUUACUUUUUCUAGUGGAGUGUGUAUAUUUUGGCCUGUUCCAUUAUGAGAGUAGAUUUGAGUUGUAG